AUGGCUCCUCCAAACAAGCUUGCAGAGAUUGGAAUCGAAGCCUUCAAAUUGCUGGAGGAGAACAUAUAUAGGUCAGUUCCAAAGGCUAUGAUGCCUUUUCAUUCAACAUACCAACAACAGCUUUCGAGUCCACUGGUUCACUGUUAUACAAGGGAAACUGUUGACUGCAACAACACAGCCCAGGAGUACAACGGUGUGAACUGGGAAACCAGUGGUUGA